UGCCUUAACUCAAUUUAACAGGCAACAAAGGAAGAGGCCGGGAGCUCCUCAAGUGUGCUAACCUAGUCAGUCAGUCAGUCAGAAAGAAAGGUGUCACUUUAUUGUGUCGUAUUCCAGAUUAUCUCAUCGCACCUUUUUUUCCUCAGAUGUACCAAGCCCUGGACAUGUAAACGCUGAUCUUUUGCUGCGGAUUGGCAAGCAGAAUAACUGCAAGCAUCAAAUGAAAGGUGCUGGAUGUGGAACUUGACCCAUUCAAUCAAGUCGAGUCACAUUUUCUCUGCGCAUAAUGUUUGUGGGCUCCGCUGUAUGCAUGACUUAUGUGCAACCUGAUGGGAGGAUACUGUGGCUAGUUCUUUCAUCAGGAUACGAGGAGAGACAUCUCAUGCCCCCCACCUUGGCGGAGGGCCAGUCAGAAUGAAGAAGAUCAGCCUUAAGACCAUUCGGAAGUCGCUGAGCAUAAAGGGUAAAGAGGACGGCGACUUUGUCAUGCUCCAGCAGGCCCCAGUGGCCGCAGAGUUCUCCAAGGACGAGUCACUUUUCGGAGGCUGCUACACCAAAGACCUUUCCGUGUGCGACCUGGGUGGCGAGGAAGACAAAGGUGGGCAGAAUAAGAGCCGGUCAAAGAGCGAAGGCCUGAUGGGAUCGCUUAAGAGAAGGCUGUCGGCCAAGCAAAAGGCGAAGAGCAAAGCGGGGUCCUCCGCCAUCGGCUCGACGGACGACGAGGACACCUUCUCCUCCUCUUCGGCGCCCAUCGGCUUCAACGAGGUUAAGGCCCAGCGACCUCUAAGGUCCGCGUCGCUCCGGAGUCACCACUACAGCCCCUCGCCUUGGCCUCUGCGGCCGGUCAACUCAGAUGACGCUUGCAUUAAGAUGGAGGUCAAAGUGAAAGCCAUGGUCCACUCUCCCAGCCCCAGCCCCAACUUGAACGGCAUCCGAAAGGAAUUCAGCGAUUUUCAGAUGAAUGAGCUCUUUCAGGACCAACCCGAAUCCUUCAAAAACCUCCAGCAGCCGCAAAACGGCGAGCUGCAUUUAAAUAUUGACGAUAGUGACGUGCCUGUGGUGCUGGGGUUGACGCCCCAAGACUACAUUCAGUACACGAUGCCUUUAGAUGAGGGAAUGUACCCCGAAGGGUCCCACUCCUUCUGCCUGGACAGCGCGUCUCCCAUGGAGGUGGCGGCAGAGGCGGACAACGGGUCCCUGCUGAUGGAUCCGGGACAGGAGGAGCACCAAAUGGUUGGCGGCUUGCCUCCAGAUCUUUUCAUGGACACUUCCAUGAAUAGUCUUCUGAUGGCUUCCGCCGGCGUCGUGCUCCAAAAUUCCAGAGGCGAGGGCCCACCUCCCCUCUCUCCUCUCCUGCCUCCCAUGAGCAGCAACGCUCGCUUUCCCAGGACGUUCUCCAGCUUUGGCUCCUCAGACAGCCAGGUCGCCGAUCGAGUCCGGCAUCACCUUAACUUCGAUCCCAAUUCGGCUCCCGGAGUGGGUCGGGUGUACGACUCGGUCCAAAGCAGCGGGCCCAUAGUGGUGACCAGCCUGACGGAGGAGCUGAAGAAGCUGGCUAGGCAGGGCUGGUACUGGGGCCCCAUCACACGCUGGGAGGCGGAGGAGAAACUAGUCAACCUGGCCGAUGGCUCCUUUUUGGUCCGAGACAGCUCGGACGACAGGUACCUGCUUAGCCUGAGCUUCAGGUCGCAGAGCAAAACUCUCCACACCCGCAUCGAACACUCCAACGGGCGCUUCAGCUUUUAUGAGCAGCCCGACGUGGAGGGACACACGUCCAUCGUGGACCUCAUCGAGCACUCCAUCAAAGACUCUGAGAAUGGAGCUUUUUGUUAUUCCAGGUCCCGCUUACCGGGCUCUGCCACCUACCCGGUCAGACUCACCAACCCCGUUUCUCGCUUUAUGCAAGUGCGCUCCCUGCAGUACCUUUGUCGCUUUGUCAUUCGACAAUACACCAGGAUAGACCUCAUCCAGAAACUGCCCUUACCUAACAAGAUGAAAGAUUACCUACAGGAGAAGCACUACUGACACACACACACACACGCACACACGCACGCACGCACACACACACGCACACACACACACACGCGCGAACACACACACGGGAGUCUUUUGCACUUUUUAUGUUCAGUCAAGGUCUCCGCUAAUCCAUCCAGAUGAGCGCUGGAGGUCAACCACACACAAAGCAGUUAUCCCACUUGCGCAAUCAAACCCAAAAUUCUAAAUGAAAGGCUACCAGUACAUUGCUAUCAAAUGAACUUCACAAUGACCAUUUUUGGGCCUUCAAAAAAAACCUGCAAAUCCUCUUAAGUUCAUCGCAGUACACGUUUGGUGGAACCUGAGAAAGCACAAAGCGAAACAAGACUAGACUCAAGUGAUUCGACAAUUAAUUGCAAAAACAAAUGCCAUGUGAAUAUGAAAUCAUAAUUUUUGUAUGUAUAAAAUUUUGUGCGUGACGUGCAAGUAGACAAAAUUGCGACAUUCGGAAUAGUUUGGUCAUGAGCAUGGAGCUUUAAAUGGCUAUGUAGAGCCAUCCGAUAUUAUGCAAGUCUCACGGUACUGAUGAUGCUGGAUCUUUUUUUUUUCAUGUUGUGCCGUUUGUUGUGCAGCAUUGUGUUAAUCUUGUGUUCUACAAAUAAGGUGGACCUAUUAUGCUUAUUAAUGAUUUGAGAUACAAUGUUUGUAACAAUAUGAAGGGAUAUCACCUUCGAAUAUUUUUAGAAUCGAUAUUCCAUCAAAUAAUCGGAUACAAUUUUAUUUGCAUUAAUGUAUUAAUUUUCUUUCCCCCCGAAUACAGUUUAUUUACCAAUUAUUUGUGUUUAUUUGGGAUUAUUUAGUGAUUAAAGGAAUCCGAAUAUUUGGACAAUCCUUAAUGUCUUUAAACGAUUACUAGAUUCUUAAAAUACGAGGCGAUUUAUCGGUUUGUUGCCGACCGAUACAUUUUCACACCACUACAUGUAUGCUAAAUUAGUGUUUCUAUUCUUACUUUUCUUGACCAUUUUGGUUGUUAAAAAUCGAGUUGAGCAUAAUAGGUCCCUUUUUUUAAAAUAUUUUUUUGUGUCAGAAAUAGUAGACAGCAACUCGAGUGAAGAACUUUGCUGCUCUUUGGUUAUUUGCAUGUCGCAAAGGCUUCAACGGUUGACCUCAACGAAAAAAAGAUGUCAUGAACCCAAUAAAACCUUGCUGCGGUUUAUAAAUUGUCCUCUAGAACCCUAAAAGCAGACCUGUCGUCACUUGCCCCGAAUCUGUACGUGAUGUCUCGGCUCAAAUACAGAAAAAGGGAAAAGCACAGACUUCAUUACGCAAGUGCUUUGAGACGGAUUCCCAGAGAGGGAAUUCUGAUGAUGUGACUUUUGACGUUAUUGUUCGACGAUAAUACGGCCUUGGUUUUUAUGUAGCUGGAAACGUUCAAUAUCGGAGGAAUUAGGACCUCGGUGUAAUGGUGUUGUUGCAUGUUAAAGGUCGGAGUCGGACCAGGGAUGUUUGCUUUCUAUCAAACACGAGCCGGAUGUUUUGUAGUUUUAUUUUUGCCAUCUUGGGGGAAUUAUGCUACACGAGAAGGAAUGUGUGCUCGUUUGGAGUAAAAUUAAGAGAACAAACUAGUACAUUGAAGAAUUCUUUUGCACUUGGAUAUUUAUUUUUUUUUGUUACAGCCUGCCAAGAAUCGUCCGUAUGCGUUUGCUUCACUAGAUUCUGUUUUUAGUUUGGUGUCAUGUGCGGAACAUGAAAGCAACGACAUUCUGUCCAGAUAGGCUGAUCAUGACUGUGGAUGUAUUUUUUUUAAUUGAAAUGUGAACGACAGAUGCUUUUGAUACAGUGUUUGUUUCUGUUUUUGAUUUACAAUUUAUUGACGAGCGGGAAGUGUUGCUGCUCCGCCCCCCCCUCCCAAAUACUUGUAGUUGAUUAAGAAAUGACACAUUUUGUAUGAUUAUGGCGACGCAUGUUAAGUGUCACAGAUUUUUGAUGAAGGUAAUCGUUUACAUUUUUUUUUUAAGGCCGUCCCCUGUUUCUCAAAUAUAUUGGUACAAGACUUUGUCAUGUGUUCUACACAUUUUGUGCUGCUUACGGAAAAUGAUUGCCUUUGUUGUAUUUAAUAACGGGGGUGCCGCCGAUAUCAACGUACUUGGGAGAGCAACGGCGAUUUGCAAUUUGUUAAAAACUGUAGUUCACUAGUCAUUAGUAAACACUCUCUAGGAUUACUAGUUCAAACCAGUUUACAUUGGUUGUCAACUUUGAAGAGUAGACAGACUUUUGUAAUUUCUUUUGGUAAUCAGCAGUGAUUUAUUGCACAUUUUGGAUACAGUAAGAGUUUUUGUAUCUGCCAAUUAUAAAUUAUAAAUAAAAAAUAUAUAU